AUGACAGAUACCUCCCCAGUCGCCAUCACGCAUUCAACCACGGAGCCUGAUCCGGUCACCGUUCCCUUGAACUCCCCCGCCCUCAACGGCGCUGUUUCCGACUCUGCCGUGCCGGACGAGGAAGAGCCGUAUACCAUCAAAUGCAUCUGCGCGUUCGAAGAUGACGAUGGCAACACGGUCUUCUGCGAAGGCUGCGAGACCUGGCAGCAUAUCGAAUGCUACUAUCAUGGUCGAGCCGUGCCGGACGUUCACAACUGUGUGGACUGCGAGCCUCGCUACCUGGACGCCAAGCGUGCCACCGAGCGGCAGAUACGUCUCAGGGAGCGCAACGACAGCGGUGACCGGAAAGCGAAACGGGCAGGGCUCAAGGGUCAGAAAAAGAAGAUCAGGGAGCCAGGCGAUCAGGUAAACGGAUUCCACCAUCGCACUGACUCGGGGGCGCGCGACCAGCCACCAGCAAAAAAGGUCAAAACCACGCAUCGCGCCACAGGUUCCGUCAGUUCCCUCCCAGGGACUGCACCGCUCCAGCCCGAUGCGCGUAAACGUACCGCAAGCUCCAUGAGUCCCGCCAAAUCCCUGGCCCCUGCUAUUUCUCUCUACUCGAAUGAAUUUUUACACCUCUAUGAUCGUGAUCAGCACCAUGCUCCAAUGGACAGCAACCUCUUCGUGAAUCUCCCUCUUGCCGCAGAUCUGGCCUCGUGGGUGACGGAGCCUACGGCUCUUGCUCGAGUGUCUCAUGGACGGUCGGCUCGGGAUAUAUUUACUUGGUCGGAUGCUGCACUGGAUCGGUCUCUGUGGCCGUCACUGUCCACAGAAUCCAUCACGGAUCCCCACGUCGAUAUUGACGGACGUCACCCGACAUGGAAGGUCCUUCGAACACGGGACAGUGUCGCAAAAGAUCAUAUUGUGGGUGAGAUUACUGGCAAGAUCGGCCUCCUCAGGGACUACUGCUUGGAUCCUAGCAAUCGCUGGCAGGAACUCCGCCACCCAGAGCCCUUUGUCUUCUUCCAUCCUCAGCUUCCCAUCUACAUUGACAGUCGGCACGAGGGCAGCAUCCUUCGCUAUGUGCGGCGCUCCUGUCGCCCCAAUGUGACUAUGAAGACCUACAUCACCAAUGAAGUCGAGUAUCACUUCUGCUUCGUGGCCAAGGAUGACAUUCCCGCCAAUUCCGAAAUUACCGCCAUGUGGUACCUGGAUCCUCAACUUUUCGAGUCGACUCAAGGCCUGGUGAAGCAAGAGUCAAGUGACAGCGUUCAGGAAGUUGCUGCCGGCUGCAUCAGCAACGUGUUGGCUAAUUUUGGAGGCUGUGCUUGUGAUCCUCCGUCCAACUGUUUGCUCGCAAGUGUGGAUCGCAGACGACAUCCGAAGGCUGCUCUUGAACCCAAACAGGCCAAUGGUAAGCGGAAAAAGGUCAGGACCAAAUCCAACGUCUCUCCUCCGGCGACCAAUAGUCGCGCGGGCAGCGAGACGACCAAGAACAUGGAUGAGGACGAGCAAGUAGACAGUCGUUCCGCCUCUGGUUCCACGCGUUGUCAGCCGCGCAGUCGGGAUCUGACUCCAACGCUGUUGCACCACGAUGGCGAAUCGGAGCUGUCGGCUCGCGAAAAGCGCAAGAUCGCGGCUGCAGAGAAGAAGUUCCAGCAGUUGGAACAUGACCAGCAUUUAACGAGUAGGAAGAAGAAGCGGCCUAGCGGGCAGUCCAACCAAGCAAUGGGCCAUGGCCAGCCUCGCACCGCCUCUUCCACCUCGCCGUCAGGAACCAUGGCGCGAAAGACUUCCGGCACUGGUCCCAUUCACGCGCGGUCCUCCCACGCACGUCCACAGUAUGUCGACUCGGCCAUCCAGACCGAGCCGGAUGCUGCGGAUGGACUGGGCACGUCUCUCAUGCCGCCCUCGCGACGUCCAAGCUUUGUACCAUUAACCCAGCGGUUGCUGAAACGCUGCCAUGCUGACCAUUUUCGGUUGGAGGCGGUCAGCCGACGACCGCUUCUGUCACCAUCGUCUCAAUCCGCCGUCUCUCCACUAUCUGGAAGCCCACACGGGGCUCUCCAUGCGCACGCCACUCCACCACAUCGGACGACGGCUGAGACUGAAGACGUAGACAUGCAGGAUCCCGACUCUCCAACCGUCAUGUCUUCUGGUGGACGCUCCCAGGGACGCGAGGUCGAAAACCAGGCGAGCCCUCUGUCAGCUACCAAGGGGAUGACCAAGCCUACUGUGCCACCUCCCUGGCCCUCUACUGCUGCCCAUAACGCUCCGGUACCAGGUCGCAUGACGAACGGCCAUCGUACAAGUCUUCAGGUCCCCCUGCCGCCCUCUGAUAUCACACCUGCUCCGGCCAGUGUCAGUCAGGGCUCGGCCACCCCGUCAACUGUGGAUUCCACCGCUCUCCCCAUGUCCGCUGCUCAUGGAUCGGGUGUGACUGCACCCAGUCCGGUUAAAAAGAAGCUGAGCCUCGGAGACUAUCUCAUCCGGAGGGGAACCCUGGCGGGCGACAAGAACCAGGCACAAUCGACUACUAUGCCUCCUCCACAGAAGCCUGCGUCGGAGCAGUCUCCUACCAGCCAUGAUUCAUCCACCGGGGUGAAUCCUCCCUGGCCCGAAGCCAAAGCGGUGGGGGAAGCCGAAUCAGCCAAGCGGGAAGGCCCCAGCGCACCGGACGUGACAAUGAAGGAUACACCAAGCUCUACGCAGACCUCACAUGUCUCAUCCCUCGCCCUGUAA